AUGCCAGUCAAACGCUUAAAUAAUAAAAGAGCUGAUGCUAAAGUCAAAAAAAUGAAGGGAAAUGGUAAUACUCUGACAAAUAAUGUCAGGAAAAUUCUAAAGGCUUUGGAAAGUGCAUAUAAACCACAUACCAAUGCGGAAAAGGCCAAAGCCAUGAAGAAAUACAUGCGUGGCCAAUUUGAAUAUUAUGGAAUAAAUUCUCCAGAUCGUCGCAAGAUCGAUACAGAUGUUCGAAAGACAAUGCCGGAUUUAUCAUUAACUGAACAUCAUCAAUUACUAAAUGAAUUAUGGGAACUACCUCAGCGUGAAUACCAGCAUUUUGGAGCUGAACUUGCUAGAGACUCUGUAAAAAUUUUAACAGGUGAUUCCGAUCAAGAUUUAAGAGAAAGUGUUACCGUUAUUGAAAAUAUGAUAAUCAAAAAAUCAUGGUGGGAUUGUGUUGAUCUUCUAGCGCCAAGAGUUAUUGGUGAAUUCAAUAGAAUCCAGCCUGAAGUUAUGGGUCCUAUUCUAGAUAAAUGGAUUACUGAUGAUAAUAUCUGGCUUAAACGAACUGCUAUUCUACAUCAGCUAUUCUAUAAAGAAAAUACUAAUCAAGAGAAAUUGUUUAGAUACAGCCUUGCAUGUGCUAAAGAGAAGGAAUUUUUUAUUAGAAAAGCAAUAGGCUGGGCAUUGAGAAAUCAAUUUCGAGUCAAUCCGUCAGCAGUUAAGAAAUUUGUUAAAGAAAAUGAUAAUAAGUUGUCUUACUUAACCAAAAAGGAGGCACUAAAACAUGCUUAA